AUGCCAAUGAGUUCAGCGACCAAUGAACGUGCUGGAAACGAUUUAUCUGUAUAUGAAGGUUUAGAUUCAUCUACCUUGAGUAAUAUAAAUGACAAUAUGACAGAGGAAAACUAUGAGCUUCUUAAGAAUGACUAUCCACAUGCGAAUGGCAAUGAUAUUAUCAAUCGUGUAUUAACCAUUGUCGAUCAACGUCUAGACGAUGCUCAAGAUUGUAAAAGUCAAUUCAAUAAGAAUACGCUGUAUCCAGCAUUUUAUCAAGUCCUUUGUGAAAUAAAAAACAAAAUUUUACUUCAUCGACGACAUGACUCCGAUGUGGGUAAUGAACCAUCUGAACAGUUGAUUCGGGUUGAUAAUAUGUUACAUGCGGAAGGAAUUUCCGAUCGGUCUAUAUCGACGAGUUCGUCGGAUCAAUCGGAUUACCAAUCGAAAUUCUUGCAGAUAAAACAAGUGUACAAUUUCGAGCUUGAAAAAUAUAAUAAUCAAUGCGAUGACUUUUGUUCACAUGUUCGGACACUUCUGCGUGAACAAUCACGAGUUCGACCGAUUAGCGAAGAAGAAAUCGAACAAAUGGUGAAAAUCAUUCGAAUGAAAUUUUCGACUAUUCAGUUAGAAUUGAAACAAAACACGUGCGAAGCGGUGAUGGUCUUACGUUCGAGAUUUCUUGAUGCAAGAAGGAAGCGACGAAAUUUUAGUAGAUUAGCGACUGAAGCAUUGAAUGAAUAUUUCUAUUCGCAUCUGUCAAAUCCAUAUCCUUCCGAUGAAGCAAAAGAAGAACUCGCACGUCAAUGUCAAAUCUCUGUAGCUCAAGUGAGUAAUUGGUUUGGUAAUAAACGCAUUCGAUACAAAAGGAAUAUUAGCAAAACUCAAGAAGAAGCGAAUAUCUACGCUGCUAAGCUCGCUUCACAGGCUACACGUCAUCCCAACACAUUAUCUGAUGAAAUAUUUGUGAAUCUAUUUCAGAUGACUACUGAAGAUCAAUUAGCGUCGUCUUAUCAUGUUUUAGCACCGUUGGAAAAUGCGUUCUAUACCAAUAUGAACAAUCAAGGGCAAACAUCGAUGAUUGAUCGGAUUAUGUCGAUUGUCAAUGAUCGAUUAGACGAUGCACAACAAUAUAAAGAUGCUUUCGAUCGGAACCCGAUCCAACCUGUUUUGUUCGACAUACUUCGAGAAAUAAAACAAAAAAAUGGUCUGAAUAUGCGUCAAAUAUCUCAUGAAGAUGAGUCUUAUAAACAGGAAUUAGCUCGUCUUGACACAAUGCUUCUAGCUGAACGUAUUAUUGAUCCGUAUCCGAACGAUUUACCCGCGAAUAAUUCUGUCGAGAUCGAACAUCCUGAAUACGAAGAAAAGUUAAACCGCAUUCGUCAUUUUUAUCAUACCGAAUUGGCUCAAUUUGACAAAAAUUCCAAUGAUUUUUGUACACAUGUCAUUACCUUAAUUCACGAGCAAUCACGUGUUCGGCCAAUCACACCCGAAGAGAUGUCUCAUAUGAUUUCAAUUGUUCGAAAGAAACUAUGCUUAAUACAAAUCCAAUUGAAACAAAAUACCUGCGAAGCAGUUAUGAAUUUACGCACAAGAUUUCUCGAUGCACGACGUAAACGACGAAAUUUCGACAAAACAACGCAAAAGAUCUUAAACGAAUAUUUCUAUUCACAUUUAUCGAAUCCUUAUCCAUCGGAACAAGUCAAAGAAGAAUUAGCCCGUAAAUGUGGUGUCACCAUUUCUCAAGUAAACAAUUGGUUUGGAAAUAAACGUGGACGUUAUAAGAAAAAUAUGUUGAAAAAUGAAUAA